UCACCUUCUCUUUCCACCUUCUUGUUUUUCUUUUUUCCCUUUCCCUCUUUUUGUACUUAACUCACUUCACCAAUCAUAUGCACAAUGUCGGUUUACACUGACCAGGAUCCCCGUCUUCAUGGCAUCAAAACUAAGAUUCGCGUCGUCCCCAAUUUUCCUAAAUCGGGUAUUAUGUUCCAAGACAUUACUACUCUGCUGCUCGAUCCCAAAGCCUUUAAGGACACAAUCGAUUUGUUCGUUGAGCGAUACAAGGGCAAAAAUAUUUCUGUUGUUGCAGGAAUUGAAGCUCGGGGUUUUAUUUUUGGUCCUCCUAUUGCACUGGCAAUAGGUGCGAAGUUUGUCCCAUUGAGGAAACCAAAGAAGUUGCCUGGCAAAGUUAUUUCUCAAGAAUAUAUUCUGGAAUAUGGAAGGGACUGUCUUGAGAUGCAUGUUGGAGCAGUUGAACCUGGUGAGCGUGCUUUAGUGGUUGAUGAUUUGAUUGCAACCGGUGGAACUCUCUGUGCGGCUAUGGACUUGCUAGAACGUGUGGGAGCAGAAGUAGUGGAAUGUGCAUGUGUAAUUGAAUUACCAGAAUUGAAGGGUCGUGAACGUUUGAAUGGGAAGCCCUUGUAUGUGCUUGUGGAAUAUUUGGAGGUAUGAGCUGCGCAUUAAUAUGGUUCGGCCCAGACAAUGGAGUUGUAGAUUUGGGAGAUGUGUUAUUCAGUGGGUACUUUCCCAUUUGAAUUCCUAAGCUAGCUUGUAGUAGGAACAGUCACAAAUCAAAUUAAUGAAUUUGUAUGACCCACCCUUUGGGACACUCGUCUUAUCUCUGCU